AUGGCCCGUCAAAGGAGCAGUUUGGCUGCCCGGCCUGACUUGAUGUGCCUCGGCUGCUGUGCCUUGCGCGCUCGAGACGUUCGCAGUGUUCUAUUGCGGUUCCGGCACUGCUAUCCCUCACCUGAACUGCAGUUCGGCGAAUCAGAACAAUGCGCUCCGUCGGACCGCUGCAAGAAAGUGCGAUGCAAACUCGGAGAACCCGAGUUGGAAAGGCUGCGAACAGAUCUGGCCAUCGCCGAGGAGGCACGGAAAGCUGAUGAGCAGCGUUGUGGCAAGUUCAUGGCGGAGGCGGCGACGGUGCGAGAAGAGCUGGGAAGCUCCAAGCUAGAGAUUGCGACUCUCUCCGAGCACCAACGAGCUGUCGAGUCGGAGCUGCAAGCCAAGGAGAGCUCCAUCUCCGAGGAGGUUGCCGAGCUCGAGCGGCUGCGAGCGGCGCUUGCAGAAGCUGAGGCUGCACGCCUUGCAGGGUCAAAACACCAGGAAGAGCUCAGUACGGAGGCCCGCGAGGCCCAAGACGAGCUUGCCAGUGCCAAGCGCGACCUGAGUGAACGGACGGACCCUCGACAGCAAUGGCCCGGUGAUGCUCAUGAGAUGAGCGGCUGGAAGCGGCCGAGGCGUCAGUUCUUGCGGCAGAGGAGCGUGAGCGGGCUGCUGAAGCGGCGCUGCAGGCUGCUAGGGCUGCUGCCGCUGAGGACGCGGGGUGAGUGA